CUCAGGGUAGCGAGAUGGCUGCCAGCGCCGGUAGCGGUGAUUGAGUGAGCCGCAGCGGGGCGGAGAGCCGCGCCUGCCGUAGCGCCGGUCCUGCCGUAAUGCCCAAGUACUACGAGGAUAAGGAGGAGGAUGGGCGGGCCUGCGGGGGUGUCAGGGAGGAUCUGCGGCAGUGCCUGCUGGAGAGCCCCUGCGUCCUGCAGGAAAACAAAAGUCCUAAACAAUGUUUGAUGGAAGGACACUGUAGGAGCUUGCAAAUGACAUUUUUUGCGUGCAAAAGAUCAAUGUUGGAUACCAGGGCAAGAUUCAGAGGAAGGAAGGGAUACUGAAGUCUUUAUGAAGAGAACCGGCCAUGGGAAAUUUGGAUCCAUUGUCACUUUAAGGAAAAGAGACUAACAUAAGAAGAUUGUAUCUGCUGCAUACUGCCAUGCAGUAUUUUUGUGGAAAUUACCUGCUCCUGUGUAUUC